UUUCCCAGUGUGCAUUGCGCCCCGAAUGACUUCUCAACCCUGGAUAAAAACAAGCCGAUCAGCUGAUGUAAAAGCGACAGCAUCUCCUCCCGGGUUCUGACACAGCAAGCUAACUUUCUGGCCGAGGUUUGUACGUGGCACCGCAGCGCCUUGCUCAGUUAUUAUUAGCCCGGGUACACUUUUUUGGACCACGUCGAGGUAGCGGCAGUUUUAUUCAGUCGAGUCACUCGUCGGCUGGGACUGAUAACCGCUACGGGUUCAGCCGAUGGUCACGAAGGUUGUUGUUUUCCUACAUAAAUACGACUGCACAUAUCGCUAAUUAUUCAUAACGCAAUACCCGCCUCGCAUGAAAAUAGCCAUGGUCACAGGAGACGACGUGUAGCAACUUGGCAUCAACCCAUUUAGAUAUUAACGAGGCAAAAGGGAUGCUGGACAGAUAAUAGCUGUCUGUAUUUUUGGUCAGUACGGAAGCAAAUGACAUUUAAGGCCACAUUUUUCUACUUUUUAGAAAAAUUAUUUCAUUAAGGUGCUCACAUUACACACGGUGGAGUUAAUGUUAAAGCUAGUUGUGGCUGAAAACUCUUAAGCUUGAGUAAAUAUCCUUGACUAAACCACUUGGCAUAGAGUCUAUCUUAAAAAAAAAGGAAUAAAACAAACACUAAAAAUGGCUAAAACACAAGUCAGAGUAUGAUUAGUUGCUAUAAAAAAGAAUCUCCCUGAAUAACGGACAAAAGUCAACGUUGUAAUCCAAACUUGGAUUCCCAGAAUUUUCUCGAAUCUUACGAAUUAUCCGAAACUGUGCUGAUAAGUCCAGUCAAGUCCUCCAUUAUUGAGCAUGAGCGGUCAAGGUCCAGCUGGAGAUAAAGGCAUGAACACGCCGCUAGUCUGCCAGGAGAGCUACGCCUGCGGGGGGUCUGACGAGGCCUCUUUCGAAUGCGACGAGUGCAGCAGCCUGCAGUGCGCCCGCUGCGAAAUGGAGCUCCACCGGCAGGAGCGCAUGAGGAACCACGACCGGGUUCGCAUCGCCCCGGACCACGUCCCCCUUUGCGACUCGUGCAAAGGAGACGCCGGCGGCGGCUCGGUCACGCCCGGCCGGCUGCGGGCUUCCGUACGUUGCCAGGGAUGCAAGAUCAACCUGUGCUUGGACUGCCAGAAACGCACCCACAGCAGUGGGAACAAGAGAAAGCACCCCCUCACCCUGUACCCCCAGACUCAAAGUCCCCAGGAGAGCAGCGUCAGCGCCGGGGAGUCCGAGAUGGACAUCCUUAAAACCCAGCUGGACAAGGUGCGCAGCUUCCUGUUGGUGGACGAGAAGGAGGAGAUGCAGGUGAAGGACGAGGAGGAGUUCGUCAACAGAUUGGGAUGCGUUGCCGACGAGCUGCUCAAGGUGGUCUCCAUCUUCGGGAACACCGGCGAGGGGAAGUCGCACACGUUGAACCACACCUUCUAUCUCGGGAGAGAGGUUUUCAAAACGUCGCCGACGCAGGAGUCCUGCACGGUGGGCGUGUGGGCGGCCAUGGACCCGCUCCACCGCGUGGUCGUCAUUGACACGGAAGGACUGCUCGGAGCCGGAUCCAGCCAGGGUCAGCGGACCCGCCUCCUUCUGAAGGUCUUGGCCAUCUCCGAUAUCGUCAUCUACCGCACGCAUGCUGACCGUCUCCACGACGACCUCUUCAAGUUCCUGGGCGACGCCUCGGAGGCCUACCUGAAGCACUUCGCCCGGGAGCUGAAGGCGACCACCGCGCGCUGCGGCCUGGACGUCCCGCUGUCCACCCUGGGCCCCACCGUCAUCAUCUUUCACGAGACCGUGCACACCAAACUCUUAGGAUCAGACAAGCCGUCAGAGUCGACAGAUCGACUCCUCCAGGAGCGCUUCAGGAAGCUGGGUCUCUUCCCCGAGGCCUUCAGUUCCGUCCAGUACCGCGGGACCCGUACCUACAACCCGCCCACCGACUUCAGCGGCCUGCAGCGCAGCCUGGAGCAGCAGCUGGACAACAACGCCACGCGCUCUCCCCGCUCCGCCGGCGUCAUCUUCAAAGCGCUGCAGGCGCUGAGCGAGCGUUUCAGCGACGAUAUCCCCGAUGAACACGUGACGAGUAACUCUUUCUUCCCAGAUGAGUACUUCACCUGCUCCUGCAUCUGCCUGAGUUGCGGUUCAGGCUGUAAGAGAAGCAUGAACCACCUCAAGGAAGGAGUGGAACACGAAGCCAAGCAUCGGUGCCGCUACUCCGUGCAGAAUGACAACCGCAUCUACACGUGCAAGGUUUGCUACGAGGAAGGGAAGGAGGUGAUCGUGGUUCCCAAGACGACGGCCUCAUCUGACUCGCCGUGGUUUGGUUUGGCCGUCUACGCCUGGUCCGGAUACGUCAUUGAGUGUCCCAACUGUGGAGUAAUCUACCGAAGCAGGCAGUACUGGUACGGAAACCAGGAUCCGGUGGAAACGGUGGUCAGAACCGAGAUCCAGCAUAUCUGGCCGGGGUCCGACGGCUUCCUGAAAGACAACCACAACGCCGCCCAGCGGCUCCUGGACGGAGUCAAGUACAUCUCCCAGUCCGUGUCGGAGCUCAGCGUCAAGCCGGCCAAAGCGGUCACCUCGUGGCUCACCGACCAGAUCGCUCCCACCUACUGGACCCCCAACUCUCUCAUCCUGAAAUGCCACAAAUGCGCGGUGGACUUCCAAGCCAACGACACCAAGCACCACUGCCGAGCUUGCGGCGAGGGUUUCUGCGACGCCUGCUCCUCCAAAGCCCGCCCGGUCCCCGAGAGAGGCUGGGGGCUGGCGCCCGUUCGAGUCUGCGAUGCCUGCUUCCAGAACCGAGGAAUCCCCACCGAGCUACUCAAUGAGGCCUUGGAGGAGGAAGGCGGCACCCUGAUUGCAAGGAAGGUCGGGGAGGCCGUUCAGAACACCCUCGGCGCUGUCGUCGGCGCCAUCGACAUACCGCUCGGCCUGGUGAAGGACGCCGCACGUCCCGCCUACUGGGUCCCGGACCAGGACAUUCGGGCCUGCUGCGGCUGCCAGAGGGACUUCUCGGCCUCUCGCCUCUCCAUCCACCACUGCCGUGCCUGCGGUCAGGGCGUGUGCCAGGACUGCUCGCAGGAAAGGCGGGCCGUGCCCUCCAGGGGCUGGGAUCAUCCGGUGAGGGUCUGCAGCGUUUGCAACCAGAAGUCCGGCGAUCUCUAGCGAGACUUGAAAAUCACCCGGAGCCCCCCCUUGGCGUCCGGUUCUUCCAGUUGCGUUUUUGACGGCAUUGCCCAUUUCAUACUGCGGUCAGUCGAAGAAAUUUGAAUAUCAUGAAGGACAGAACCAUGUUUUGAACAAUCCCCCUUUGGACUAUCUGCUCCAGGAGGUCUAGAUUGUUGGAUUUGGAUUUGAGGGUGAGAGACACUGCACACCCAGAACUGAUCACCCGUCUAUCACGAGUCUAACACACAUUCAUUCACAGAUACUAUUUACACAUCCCAUUAAGCCACAGGUAUCAAACUCAAGGCCCAGGGGCCAGAUCUGGCCCGCCACGUGAUAUUAUGUGGCCCGCGAAGCCAAAUCUAGCGUCAAUUUCCAUGAUUCUUGUAAAAAUCUGUUCCAAAAUUUCAAAUUGUUAUAUAAGUGACAAAGUUGAGAUACUACAAGCAUUUUUGUGUUACCAAAUGUGAAUCGUUGAAAAACACAUUACGCUUGUUUUCCGAUUUCAAAACUAGUUCAUAAAUUGAUGAUGUAAAUAUGAUGAGAUGACGAAGUAUGUUUGUUUCAGAGUCAUGGUGGCCCACUGAGAAAAACCGGAACAACAAUGUGGCACGUGAGAAAUCAUUGGGACUAAUCAAUAUACAGUACUGUACAAAACCUGCCACGGUGUUCGCCAUGCUAGAACUAAACAGUAAUUUGUGGAUUUUUGUCGACAACCUCCUCUGACAAUUUUUUUGUCCUAAGGCCAAAGCAAUAAAAGUACAAUUACUUUAUUGUGAUGUUGGUGCCAAGGAAGUUAUUUAAGCGAAGAGAGGAGUUUCCACGUAUGUGGAUUUUUUUUUUUUUUGUCAGUCCUGCAUUAUUCUCUGACAAACUCGGGACAAACUACAAAAUUUUUUUCCUUGUGGCGUCUCGGUGAUAAGGAAGCAUGCUGAAGUGAAUUGAGGAGUCAAGACAAAACUAUUUUUUGCUCCUACCAACUUUUUUAAAGUUUUAUCUAGUUCCAUUAGUGCUCUGUGGUGGACUGUUACAACUGGGUGGGGGGAUCCCAUUAUCAGAAUUUAGUUUGUGGCCUGUAUGAAUAUGUUUUUAUUCAUCACACUGUAUUUUUUCAGAUUUGGGUCGAUGAAAAUGACAUCUAUACGAGUUACUGGUAUCACUGAUGUGAAAGACUUUUGCACAGUACUGUUUUUGAUCCGGCGGAAAAGCUGGUAAAACAUUGGCCUCACAGUUCUUAGGACCCGGGUUCACUGUGUGGAGUUUGCAUGUUCCCCCCACCGUGCCUGUGUGGGUUUUCUCCGGACGCUCCGGUUUCCCCCCAGAUCCCCAAAACACGCCGCAACGUGAAUUGGACACUGUAAAUUUCCCCUAGGUGUGAUUGUGAGUGUGACUGUUUGUCUCGAUGUGCCCUGCGAUUGGCUGGCAACCAGUUCAGGGUGUACCCCGCCUCCUGCUCAAUGACAGCUGGGAUAGGCUCCAGCACGCCCUGCAACCCUUGUGAGGAUAAGCGGCAAAGAAGAUGGAUGGAUGUUUAUGGUGCAUCUUGGUGAAGAAACCUGUUGGCUAAAUCCUUGCCUUCCUGCCUUUUAAAAAAAAUACAUAUUUGACCCCACGUGGGGUCAUUCUUUUUAUUAUAUAUUGUAGAUGCAUUCCACGCACAAAAAAAAAAAAAAAAAAAAAUUAGUCCUAUCCUCUCCCAUAACCCCACAGGCCUGUAGUAUUUUGUGCAUUUUAAAAAGUUGGAUAAAAGUAGAAAAGCCUUAUGACUGUUAAUUUUACACACAUUUGCACAUUUUACCCAUAACCUAACUUUUUAUUCCCACCGUUGGAUGAACCUGUGAGCAAUACGGCACCGUUGAGGCUGGACCCUCAAAGAUAUCACAACUCACGAGCGGGAUCUUGGAAUGACUUGAAUCUUAAAAGAUGCAAAGUGUGUCAGAAAAGGUUCCAGGACUAGUGGACGACAUCCAGACGACUGUGACCGCAAUGUGGCGGAAGAUCUCAGAAGGAUCCUUCUAGUCAUACGUGAACGCCUGGCAGAUAUAACUCGGGAAAUGCAAUUGACUCCCAGGGGGAUUACUUCAAAGGGGAAAAUCUAUAGUUUAGAUUUCAAUUUUUUUUUUUUGUGACGCAGGUCCUGGAAUAUUCCUGACAUGCCUUGCAAGUCCUUUUACUCUUGUAGACAUUCUCAUUAUAUCUGCUGAGGAUGCAUUUGAAUAUGUGGAUGGCCUUUUCAGAGUUUUGGAGCUUUAUUUUCAGGUGAAGAAGAUUUUUUUUGUUUUGUUUUGUUAUUGUCCAUUCCAGUGCAGUUUAAUGAUGUCAGAUGAAGUGGCUUUAACUCAAUUUUGGCUCAAGGGGGAGGAGUGGAAACAACUGAAACAAAGCACUACUUAUAAUUUAAAAAAUGUGUAUAUACAACAAUAAAGUUACAAAAAAAAAAAAGUAAAGAGCGCGGGACCAAACUGUGUGUACUUGUCACUUUUUCUCACACGUUUGGUGUUUUAAAUUUGUCCAUUCUAGUAAAUGUUCCAGUUCUUCUUUUUGUAAAAUACAAAAAUCAAUCCUCUCGGAUUGGGUGGCCAACCCGUGGCUCUUGUGAAAGCACGAAAGCAUAUCUAAGUUCUGCUUAUGAGCAUGUGCACGCGCGCUUUGCUUGAGUUCAUUACGGUCGUUGCGAGCAUUUAUUACGGUUGCACUCAUAUCUUUAAUCAUGUAAAUAUUUUAGUGUUGCAUUAAAUGAAAAUUGUGACAUACAAGAGGAGGCUUGGUUGAACUGGUAGUUUGUGUGAGAGAGCACACGUUUUUAUUUUUUCUUACAUACUGGCCUGUGGUCUUGGUACUCUGUGACAUGUACGAUAAACCUGGUUGAGUAAAAGGUAUGCGUGUGAGGGCGGAAUGAUAUUCAUGUGUAUGAUGUGACUCUUUGCAUUAAAAAAUGUGGUUCGAGA